AUGUGGCCAUUUCUUCUGUACCACGCGGACCUUGGCGGUGGCACAGCAGGCGCGCGUGAUGACGCGCAAGAUGUCUCCAAAGAUUCGUGGCAUAGUCUGCAAGCGAAGUGCCACGCUCUGGAGGCUGAGCUGGAGGCGGAGCGCGCCACAGUUUGUUGGAUGCAGCAGCGCCUUGAGGACCUGGAAGCAAAGUUGGAAGCCGAGCGUUACCUGCGGCACAUCGUUUGCGAUGCAAACCGGGCGUGUGGGAUGAGACUCCUGAAUGACGUCCGGGAAUUGCAGUCGGCGAAUGAGACUUUGCACAAGCAGCUGAAGCAGUUGGACGCCGAGACCCACAUCCCGGACCAGGUGCAGCAGGUACAACAGGUGCAGGCUGCUCCGCUGUGCUCAGGGUGCGCUUCCGUGAAGGACCAAACUUCGUGCUUCGCGGGGCGCAGAAGGAUUGGAACUGCCACGGUUGCUACGGCUACAAUCAGCGAGACCACCGGCACGGCUCGCACGACCCGCACGGCCUGCACAGCGGGCAGCGCAGUCACCUUAGACACGCUGUCCGAGUCAUUGAGAAUGAGCAUCUUGCAGUGGUUGCCGGCCAGUCGGGUGUGCAGAUGUCGCGUGCUGUCACGGCGUUUCGUCGACCUCAAGGAGUUACUGGUGCAUCUUUGGACUGGUGCAGACUUGCUGAACAGCCCCAUGGCGCUGAUGCAGCGACGGCCAUGCCAGCCAGAGCGGCGCCAGAAGCAGGCAUGUUUGGGCUGCCUGGUGAUGCUUUCCAAGCACUUUUUCCGAGCAGCGCCAGAGUUCAUGCGUCAGGUGGUCUUGCGGAUUGCCCAACACGCGCUGAGCCGCAGCGCCAUUGACAAAUCACAGUCGCCUCCGAGGGAGGUCAGCUUGGAGGUUCGAGCGACGGCGGCGGUCAAGAUGGCCGUUCUGCUGAUGUCGUCACCGGGACUCGGGAGAUGGAUGCUGGGCAUGCCACCUCACAUUGGCUCUUGCCCCUUGGCUUUGCAGGCUCUGGCAGGCAGCUUGCAUUUUGCUUGGGAAAUUGAGUGA